CGCAUGGCUGCUUUUCGCUUCCAGCCUCCCCUUCCCUCCUCCCGUCUGCGCCUGCGCUCCCCCCAUGGCGAAAAACCUGUUCUCGGUGCCCAUCUUCUUCAUCGUCUUCCGCGAGACGCUCGAGGCGGCGAUCAUCGUCUCCGUCCUGCUCGGGCUCGCGGAGCAGAUCGUCUACGACGACAGCACCCAUUUUGGCGAGCGGCACCGCAUUGCGGAGACGCCAGCGACGCCAGCGGCCGACUCGGACACGAGCGGCUCGAACGACGUUGAGGAUGACACGGCCCACCGCAAGAUGCUCAUCCGCAAGAUGCGCAUUCAGAUUUUCGCAGGUGCUUUCUUGGGCUUGUUUAUUGCCCUCGCCAUCGGUGCCGCUUUCAUUGCCGUGUGGUUCACGCAGGCCUCGAACCUGUGGUCCAAGUCCGAGGAGCUCUGGGAGGGCAUCUUCGAGCUCAUCGCGUCGCUCAUGAUCUUCGUCAUGGGCGUCACGAUGCUCAGAAUGGACCGCGCCAAGGCGAAAUGGCGGGUCAAGCUCGAGCGCGCGUUUGCCGGCGCCAAAGCCGACCGCGGCUCGCGUGCCGGGCGCUGGGUCCUCUUCAUCCUCCCUCUCAUCACCGUCCUGCGCGAAGGCAUGGAAGCGGUCGUGUUCGUCGGCGGCGUCGCGCUCGGCCAGCCCGCGACGUCGAUCCCCAUCGCGGCGAUCGUCGGGCUCAUCUGCGGCGUGACGUGCGGGUUCCUGAUCUACGGCUUCGCGUCGCGCACGACGCUCUCCGUGUUCCUCAUCGCCAUGACGAACCUCGUGCUGCUCAUCGGCGCGGGGCUCUUCUCGCGCGCCGCGUGGGCCUUCCAGCAGAACGCGUUCAACCGCCUCCUCGGCGUCGACGUCGACGACGCGGGCGGCGACGGCCCCGGCUCGUUCAACGUGCAGGGCAGCGUGUGGCAUCUGGACUGCUGCAACCCCGAAGACCAGCUCGAUGGCUCCGGGUGGAGUGUCUUCAACGCUAUUUUCGGGUGGACCAACUCUGCUAACAUCGGCUCCAUCCUCGCGUAUGUCUUCUACUGGAUCGCGGUGAUGGCCACGUUGGCGUACAUGAAGUUCAAGGAGGGGCGCACCACGUUCUUCGGCUUCGAGUCCGCUGCCGGCCAACGCCGCCGUCUCGCGCUCGAGCGCAAGUCGAGGGAGCCCGUCGAGGCGAGCUCUGUCGAGGAGGUCAAGCAGUGAAUGACUGGACAAAACAAAACAACUCGUUACGAGAUUGAUGAACAGAAUGAAAUGUCCUUGUAGUUGAAUGAAUCAUGUGCAGAACGACUUGUCAAA